AUAUUAUGGAACCUUCAACAAGCGAUACUACGGAUAAUCAACAAGUAUUAUAUCGAAAGAAAAGUGGACGUCCAAAAGCUGCGGCAUGGGUGUAUUUUACGAAGGGUUCAGCUACUGAUAAAUAUGGACAGAGUUGGUUCCAAAAGUAG